AACUAGCAGCACAAAAGCCCCCCUUCUCCGAUUCUCCGGUUACAGACAUGGAGGCAGAAAGAGAGGCCCUCAUGGAGUCGGCGUACCCCGAAGUUCAGGCCUUUUGCCAGAAACACGGCUUGAUGUUCGAGGUCAUUGAUUUGAGAUGGGGCGUCCGUGACGUCACAGGCGCUGGCCAAGAGCCCCUCUUUCUGGACGAGAUUCGGCGCUGCCAGGAGCUCUCGGUGGGGCCCAGUUUUGUGGCUCUCCUCGGGAGCCGCUACGGCCCCUGCCCGGCCCCCGCGACCAUCGGGGAGGAGGAAUUCGAGGCCCUGGCGGCCCAGCUGCAACAGGAGGAGCCGCAGGCGUUGCAGAUGCUGACCCGGCGGUACCUGAAGGACGAGAACGCCACCCCUCCAGUGUACGCCCUCCAACGUCCCCUGCCCCACGGCGAGCAGCAGAGUUUGGUCCUGGCCCUGCGCACAGCGGCCCGGGAGGCGGAGAGGAAGGGGCUGAUUGGCCAGUGUCAGCGACUGCGCUACCACAAAUCAGAUACGCACAGGGAAAUUGAGGCACGCCUCUUGGGGCCGGAGGACGAAGGGGCCGCGGUGGUCUUCCUCCGAGAAACCGAGACCUCCCUGGACGAGGAGGGCGAGGAAGAGGGCGAGGAAGAGGAUGAAGAUGCCCGCCAGAUGCUGGAGGAGCUGAAGGGCACCGUCGCCAGCGCCUGCCCCGGUUUGCUCAGGGUCCACCGGGCACCCCAUGCUGCGGCCCCCGGCGCCCUCCGCCAGAAGCCACAGCCCAAACACCUAAAGGAGCUAUGCGACCAGUUUGUGGCUGUCGCCAACUACCAAGCGAUCCAGGCCCUGCGGGCGCGGGAAGGGCACCCCGGCGGUGGGCGGCUGCUGCAGGAACUCAGCCACCACGCCGCCCUGGCCCGGGAACAUUGCCGCACCCCGUGCUGGCGACCAGAGCUGGUGGACUCCCUCUGCCAACGCCUGAGGGACAGCCUGCCACGGUGCCACCCUCCCCUCGUGGUCCACGGGCCGCCCGGCUGUGGCAAGACUGUCCUGCUGUGCCACCUGCGAGGGGUGGCUUGCCAGGCCCUAGGACCUGAGGCGGUGGUGGUUUUCCGGCUGCUGGGGGCAUCGCAGGACAGCUGCGGGCGUGACGCCCUCCUUGCCAGCCUCUGCCAGCAGGUUUGCCUGGCGCUGGGGCUGAGCCCGCUGGGCACCGGUGACCCUCUUCUGCGCUUCCACCAUGCACUCCUCUCGGCCUCACGCCAGGCCUCUCAGCCUCUGGUCUUGAUCCUCGAUGCCACGGAGAGCCUGGGCACCGCCUGGCUGCCGGCGGUCUGCCCUCCCGGAGUGCAGCUGGUCAUCUCUGCCCAGGACGAGGGUGGCAGCGGUGGUGCUUUCGGCGGUGACCCCUUCGUGGUGGCCCCUCUCUCCGCCAAGGAGGCUGGCAAGGCUCUGGCCGAGAGCUUGGCAUCUGCAGGGCGUACCCUCCAGCCAGAACAGCGGGCGCUUUUCUGGCAAAGUUUCUCCAACGGUGGGCAGGCGCUACCGCUGUCCCUCGCUGUCGCUGAGGCUCGUCGGUGGCCAUCGUUCGCCUCGCUUUCGGCCCUGGCGGUCCCGCUCACAGCCGCAGAGGCCGCGCACCGCCUCUGUGGGCGCCUGGAGGAAGCGCACGGCUCCGUGUUGGUGGCGAACGCCCUCAGCUACCUCGCUUGCACCCGGAACGGCCUCUCCGAAGCAGAGAUGAAGGAUGUCCUGUCCCUGGACAACGAGGUCCUCUCCGAGGUGUACCGGUCGCACCCUCCGCCGGGCAAAGGGGUCCUCCGCCUGCCGCCCUUGCUGUGGUCCCACCUGCGCCGGGAUUUGAACCCGGAGCUGGAGGAGAAGUGGUCUGACGGCUUCGUGCUGAUGGGCUUCCUCCACAGGUCAGGGGCCACCCCUCUUCCUCCCCUCUUUUUCGGGGUUGCCAAGGGGUCCGGAAAGAGGGUCCCGCUUCUGCCGCGAAAGGGCAAAGCCCGCAGCUUGAGUGCAGCAGGACACCUGCUUGGCAAGCAGAACGUUCCAGGUGACAUGCUGGGCACCUCCAGGGAGUUUUCGGCCGCGGUGGAGGAGCGCUACCUGUCUCGGCCGGAGGACCGCGUCCGGCGCCACCUGCUUCUGGCCGAUUUCUUCCGGGGGACGUGGAGUUGGGGGGCGAAGAAGCCCAUCGUGCUGCCCUCCUCCGCCAAGCCUGUGAGCGUUGACAGGAAGGUGACGCCACAGCCAUUGUGGUUCUCCAGCCGUCUUCCCAACCGGAGGAAGCUGAGUGAACAGCCGUUCCACUUGCUCCACGGGGGACGGAUGGAGGAGCUGCGCCGAGACGUUCUGGGGAACAUGGCCUGGAUCUCCUGCAGGGUUGCUUCCUCUGGCGUGCGGAUCCUGGCCACGGACUUUGCCCUGUGCCUGACUCACAUCUUCUGCCCAGAGCUGCGUUUGGUACGGGAUUGCCUCCUCCUGCUCCUGGAUCCCAGUGUGGACGAUGCUGAGGGCCGUUUAGAACCAAACGUGGUCUACACAGAGAUGCUGGCGCGGUUGGAGUCGCUGGCGUCCUCGUACCCGGGCGGCCUGAUUGCGGGUCUUUGCCAGCAGUGCAAGAGCUGGCUUGGAUCGCGGCCCCAUCCAUCCCUAGUCCCUCUCGACGGCUUCCUUGACCCACCGGACGGGCCUCUGCGGAAGACGCUGCCAGGAUUCCCCAAAGGCACCUCCGUUCUGGAAGCCAGCCCUGACCAGAGGGUGCUGUUGGCUGGCUCCUUGGAUGGCUCCAUCAUCGUGUGGGACACGGAAGAUUUCUCGGUGCGCCACGUCCUCCUCGGCCACUCGGCCGAAGUGAGGUGCCUGAGGGUCUUUGCCAGGGGUACCUGUGCCAUUUCGGUCGCCCAGGAUCGAACCCUGCGACUGUGGAGCCUGGAGUCUGGCAGGGAGGAAGCCGUGGUGCCCGCUGUCCCUGCGGGGGAUCAGGAGUGGUGCCAACUCAGUGUGGACGACAAACACCAAAUUGUGUACUGGGUGUCUGGCUCAGAGGUGGAGGCCUGGCACCUGGGCACAGCGGCCCCCGCUUUCCGGAUCCUGGCCGAGCCCCCAGGCGGCUGGCUGUGCGCUGCCGUCUUCGUGCCGCGGCUGGUGGUGGUGACGGUGUCAGCGGGAGGCUGCGUCCGCCUGUGGGACAGUCUCAGCGGGCAGCUCCUCUCCAGGCAGCAGCUGGGGGGGCUGCCAGAGGAUGCAGCCCCCACCUGCGGCGCUUUGCUCCGGAAAAUGGGCAGGAUGGUGUCCGGGUUCAGCGGGGGCUCCCUCCUGAUGGUCUCCUCGGAGGGAAAUGGCCUCCUGGAGAAGCUCCCAGAGAAGAUCUGCUUCGUGGCGCUUUCGGAAGAUGAGUCUCUUCUCGCGGCAGGAUUUGGGUGCCGCGUGCGAAUCUUCCGGCCCGACCCGACAGGCUUCCACCAAGUCCUGAACUCCGAUUUGCUGCACGAUGAGGAAGUCUGUGCAGCUGCCAUCGCUGCCGACAACACCACCGUGUUCACGAGCUCUCGGAGCGAGUGCGUCUGGGUGUGGCGUCUGGGCCAGGAGGGCUGGCUGAGGGAUGUUUGGGGGGACGAAGGGCCACCCGCCACUCACCUGACCCUCUGCGGCGCCCUGCUGGUGUCCGCCUCUCCCCACGCGCCUUACCUCCGGGUCUGGGACCCCAGGGACGACCCCGGGCGCAAACCGUUACUGCCUUGCAUGGCCAGCACGAAGUGCGUGGGGCUCUCCGGCGGCGGAAAAUACGUCUGCUUCCCCCGGUCCCUCGAGAGUUGUGAGCUGGUCCUUUGGGACGUGGAGGAAGACCUUAUGACUGGGCAAGAAAUAAUAUUUUUUAAAAUAAAAAACACCACCUGUGCCCCCGCAGGAGAGGAGCGCGAGACGCUGGACACCUCGGCCGCCGUGCGGUGCCUGGAAGUGGCCCCCCAGAGGAACCUGGCCUUUGUGGGGCUGGCGUCCGGGACGGUGCUGGUCUUCCCCUUGGACUCUGCGCAGGACGUUGGGUGCAUCCCUCCUGCGGAGAACCGGAAGCCCGUCUGCGCCCUGGCCUUGGCCCGGAGCGAGGAGCAAGUGGCCGUGGCUUGCAAGGACCUGGUGCAGGUCUUGGACGUGGGCCGGGGGGAUCCGGUGCCCCUGAUCGACCGGCCGGCCUUCUCCUUCUACACCCAGAUCCCGGGCGCCGACAUCUCCUGCGUGGCCCUGCUGGGCGGGUACCGGGUGCUCUACGGCAUGACCACCGGGCAGCUGUUCCUCUACCACUGCCCCCAGGGCCAGGUGUUCGCCCUGGAAGCGCAUGGAAGCAGUGGCGUCACCUGCUUGCAGACCAGUCACAGGGAGGCCUGGGCGCUCAGCGGGGCGGCCGACUCUCUGCAGUGCCUCUGGGACGUGGAUCGGUGCCACUGGGAGCAUCAGAUGUCUUUCCGAAAGGAAGAUUCCUUCUCACAAGGCGUGCUCUGCGCCUGCUUCUCGACAGAUGACCGGCUGCUCUUCACGGCCUCCCUCGAUCAGUGCGUGACGGUGUGGGACGUCUCGUGUGGGGCCCUGUUGGCCGUCCAGCUUGUGCACGCGAGGGUGACCAGGAUCGUGCCAACGCCGGACGGCUUCAUGGCGGUGACAAAACUCGGCUACCUCAUCCGGGAGAGGUUCCUCCACCCGCCGUCCACCAGCUCUCGCUACGACCCGCUGGGCGGCAUCAGAGCCACGUGCAGAGUGACGUCUCGGAGGACCAGCGGAGAGGAGGAUGAGGAUGUCGCCGGCGGGCAGCUGGCACACCGGGGGGACCACGCAACCCAGGCCAGGCACAGCCACCUCAACAACAAGCUUUCGCAGAUUUGCAGGAUUGGGUAAGGGGCAGGGCUAGAUUAUCACAGGAGACCAACUCUGGCCCCAUUGCACUGGUCACUGGUUCAUUUCUGGGCCCAGGAAACUCAAAUGCUUUUUAACAAAGCCAUUGUACUUCCAACCUUACUGCAUGCUUGGGAAACAUGGACCACUUAUAAACACCAUCUCCAACUCCUCAGAAGAUUCCAUCAACGGUGUCUCCGAAAUAUUUUACACAUCACUUGGGAAGACAGGCGAACUAAUGCCAGUGUACUGGAAGAAGCAAAGAUGGCCAGUGUUGAAGCGAUGGUUCUUCAACAUCAACUUCGUUGGGCUGGUCAUGUUGUGCGAAUGCCCGAUUAUCGUCUUCCAAAGCAACUCCUCUAUUCCGAACUUAAAAAUGGAAAGCGUAAUGCUGGUGGUCAACAAAAGAGGUUCAAUGACUCUCUCAAGGCAAAUCUUUAAAAAUGUAGUAUAAACACUGACAACUGGGAAACACUGGCCUGUGAGUGCUCCAGUUGGAGAACAGCCUUUACCAAAGGUGUCGUGGGCUUUGGAGUCACUCGAACUCAGGACGCAAGGGAGAAACGUGCUAAGAGGAAGGCACGCUUGGCAAACCCUCACUGGGUUGACUUCCUUCAACCUCUUUCUGCGGUUCCUUAAAUUUAUUUUUAAUAUCUUCUGCAUUUCCAAAUUAACUUAAUUUGCUCGUUUACUCAUCUACCUUAAAUAUAUACUCUUAUGAAACUGCAGGUUAUUACAAUAAUCCUGCCAAUGUUCUUAUCUUUUUACAAUUUAUCUGUAAAUAUUCAAUAAACCAUUUCCAUUCUUUUA